AUGUUGAAGUCAGGCCUGAUCUUGACGUUGGCUGCCGUGGCUUCGGCUCGUCACUGCCAGAACAUUACAGUUCCAGUAUCAAUCAGCUCGCGCAAUGGUGUUUUCGACCUGGCGCCCCCUUCAACCAACAUCGAGGUCACCAACUUGUUCUUGAGAACAGCCUGGCCUGGAAACAACGGCACCGCCAGUGUUUUGAAAGGAUCAUUGCGACAUGUCCAGUACAAGACGGUGUCUGGAGAGUAUAAGCUUGCCGCUACCUAUUGCGAGCCAGAUGAUGGCCCCGGCCACACCCUCCAGAUCCUCACUCACGGCGUUGGAUUCGACCGCAGCUACUGGGACUUUCCCUUUGGCAGCUACAACUACAGCUACGUGAACCGGGCCCUCGAUGCCGGCUACUCAACGCUCACCUGGGACCGCCUCGGCAUCGGCCAUUCCUCCCACGGCGACCCCGUCAACGAGAUUCAAAUCUUUCUCGAAGUCGCCGCCCUCAAGGCCCUGACGGACAUUGCGCGGCAUGGACAAUUGUGCGGAGUCUCGCACAGGUUCGACAAGACGGUCCACCUGGGACACUCGUUUGGCUCGGCCAUGACCUACGCCCUGACGGCCUCGCACCCCAACAUCACCGACGGCAUCGUCCUCACCGGCUUCAGCCAAGUCCCCCAGUUCAUGGCGUACUUCGCCCUCGGCGCAAACUUUGCCCCCGUCGGCGAAAACGACGUCCUCGCCAGGCAAUACGCCGCCGGCUACGUGGCUCCCAGGGACAGCAUCGGCGUCCACAUCAACUUCUUUGGGCCCGGGGACUUUGACCCCGAAGUGCUCAAGGUUGCUACCCAGACGGGCCAACCCGCCGCCGUGGGAGAGCUGCUGACUGUCGGCUCCGUGCCCAAGUCCAGCGAGUUUCCCGGUCCCGUCAUGAUCAUCACCGGUGGUAAGUGCCGACAUGUUGUUCCCAACUCUACAGUCUCGGCCCAGUUAACAAAGCUGAUCGCGGCAGAUCGCGACAUCCCGUUCUGCGGCGGCAACUGCAUGAACACCAUGGCCAUCAACGGUUCCGCCCCCAACCUGGUCGAGUACUCCAAGGGCAGCUUCAAAAAGGCCUGUGCCUUCCAGGCCACGGUCGUCCCCAACGCCGGCCACGGUCUGAACUACAACUACAACGCACCAGAUGUCUACAGGGCCAUUACGGACUUUAUCAAAGCCAACGUCUAG